GACCGAUUCUGCAAAAUGAGCGUGGAGAACUUUUUUAUGAUAUUUGGUUAUAGCUGAUGAUAAAAGUUUAUACUAGUAUAUACUACAGUGUCAUAAUGCAUAACAAAACUAGUUAAUCAGUUCUUUUUCUUUUUCACAUUUCCUUCUAUUUUUCUUCGGUACAUCAACCUAUAAGAAUGUAAAGAACUGAACGGGUCUUGUUCGUUUAACGAGUUGGUGAGGUGUGGCGGCAGAGAUGAUCUUGAAGAUCGAUGUUGAAUAUUUUUCCUGUGUGUGGAAUAGAAACUGACGAUAUGGAUGCAGUAUGGCUUCGAUACUCUACUGGCAUGCUUCUGGGAAUAAUUUGAUUUCUGCUGCUUUUAUCUUAUUCUUACUACUUUGUCCUCGCAGCAGUACAGAGUGUGAUCAGAAGUUUAUAAGUACGCCAGAUGGUCCACCAAAUGGAACCUUUCAUGCUCCGACGAUAAUUAACCCCGAAGGGGAUUCCAGACAAUGCGUAUAUAUAUUUUUCGCUGGGCCGCGACAACGAGUCGAAUUGAAAUUCAAUUCAUUCGGCCUUCGGGGUACACCACCAGAUGGAUCCGCUGUUGGGGAGUUACCCGCUUGUGGUCACGAAUAUAUGGACUUGUACACGGAAAUACGAUCGGAGAAUACCAGCAAGUUGGUGGAAACUCCUUUCGGUGGUCGUUUUUGUGGUCCGAUCCCACCUCGCAGGCGUGUGUCUCUUUAUCAGGGAAUCGCUCUUAGUUUCUACACUGAUAAAAAUAUUACAUUCCCUAGCCUGUUCAGCGGUACAUAUGCGUUUAUCAAUGCAUCUGAAUACGAAGUGGGAACCCCAGCUCCUAGCACACCAUGCUCAUUCAAGGUAGAGUCAGAAAACAAACGCAACGGCAGUAUAUUAUCUCCUACUUAUCCGGGCACAUAUCCGAAAGGUCUUACAUGCAGUUAUCAAUUUAUCGGAGUACAAGGUCAACGAGUACGCCUUGAGUUUCGAGAUUUCGAUUUGUUCUUUGGAGGUCAACAUUGUCCCUUAGAUUAUCUAAAAGUGUACGAUGGUUUAGACAAUACGUCGGCUGUUAUCGGAACAUAUUGUGGUCAACAACGAAAUUUGGUAUUAUAUUCAUCAGAGUCUAGUUUGUACGUACUGUUCGUUACACUUCAACGUACAGCGAACACACAAAAUCGUGGAUUCAAGGGUAUCUUUGAAUUCUCUGAGAGUUUCGUUAAAUUAGACUUCAUCACCACUUACGAGGGUGAGCAUAUACGAGGAUCAGAGUGCGAUCAGAAGAUAUUGAGUAAGAAGGAAUCAUCUGGAUUCGUGGUUAGCCCAAACUAUCCAUUUCCAUAUAUACCAAAGGUUGUGUGUCGGUAUUUCAUUUAUGGAAUGCAAGAUUCCCAGCAUCUUGAACGCGUUCGAUUAGAAUUCAGGCAAUUUAAAAUACCAAAAAAUAAGACGAUAGGAGAUUCAUCCUGUACCGAUGGAUAUUUGAAGUUGUAUUUGAAAGGACAAGAAGCAACAGAUUCUUACGAUAAAUUCGAUUACGAAUUGUGCGGUUCGGAGAGCAAUCCGAGCCCUGUAGUUAGCGAUGGUCCAAGACUCGUGAUGGUAUUUAGCAGCGGAGAAUCUCAAGGACAAGGGUUUAAAGCAUGUUACAGUUUCGAAACAGAGUAUAAGAUACCGGGCACCGCAGCACCCGAUGGCAGCUGCACUUUCACGUACCGCAGUUCCUCUCGCAAAAAAGGAGAUUUUAAUUCUCCGCGACAUCCUAGUAAUUAUCCAAGCAACACAAAUUGCACGUAUGUUUUCAUAGCUACGCCAAACGAACAAGUUACCUUAAUAUUUGAUUAUUUUAAAGUUCGAACGAAAAAUACGAAUAUGACGACCGGACAUUACGGAGUGGAAAUUUGCCAAGAUGAUUGGUUGGAGAUAUAUAAUACGUAUCGAGAUAAUACGGAAAAAUUAAUAGGUAGAUAUUGUGGUAGUACGGCUCCGGGACCGGUGGAAUCAAAUCUCGGUGCUCUCGGCUUAAAAGUGAUUCUGCAUUCGGAUUCUGAGUUGGUUUAUAGCGGUUUCAAAGCGCGUUACACGUUCCAAGUAGCGAAACCUAUUUUUGGAGAUUGCGGAUCGAAUAUAAGCAGUGUGAAUUAUGGAGUCAUUGCUAGUCCGAAUUACCCAAACAAAUACGAUGGACCCGCAAGAAAUCUGGCUAGUAAAACUUGCAAUUGGUUUAUAAGAGUCCGACCGAAUCAGCGAAUAUUACUACACUUUGAAGCAUUUUCGGUAGAGGGUGAUCAAUCAGUUCGUGGUUGUCCUGCUGCGGUGCUGCGCAUAUGGUAUUCCACAUCGUCCACGCCUGUCGAAAUGUGUGGUAUUCAAACUCUAGACAAAAAUUGGACUUACCUCUCUGUGGACAAUAACAUGCGACUUAGCUUCAUAUUGGCUGAUAAAGCGGUCGGACAAAUGGGAUUUAAAGCAACGUGGACCGAAGUGAGCACAAAUACCGACUGCCAGAAUCAGUUUCUUUGCGGCGAAAAUAAAUACUGCAUUGCAGAGUCACUUCGGUGUAAUAACAUUCGUAAUUGUGGCCCAAACGACACUACGGAUGAAGAAAAUUGUGAUAUAGUUGUACAGACGAAUAAUUACGCUGUUUCCGUGGGUGGUGCCAUCGGUAUUAUAUUGAUGUCAUUGAUCGUUUGUCUUUUGUGUCAUCGAAAACUAAGAAGACGAGUUCAAACUGGACAUCUUGACGAUCUGCGUCAUCGCAUAGACGAGAGGCAUCGAUGUUAUCAUAAUGAAAACCUUCUUCAACAUCAUCACCACUUUCAUCAUCAUCACCAUCAGCACCAGCAUCAAUAUCAGCAACAGCAACAACAGCAACAACACUAUCAAGAUUUGACUAGUGAUUCAAGAUAUCACCUAGAAUCAUCGACUAGUCCAAUGAGCGAGAGCGAUGUCGAGGAAGCCAGCAGUCUCAACAGUGUGUGACACAUCGUGUCAUAUUAUUUGAACAUUUGUUUGUUACCUUAUUUUAUUCACGUUACAGUUAUAUUAAACCACUGAAACGUCGCGUUUUUACCUCAUUUCUACCUCAUUUGUACUCAUCUCCCGAGGGUCAGUUAACUACUCCAUUUUCGUGUUUAACGAGGCGUUUCAUCAUAACGAUACAGUUAUCAUCGAUAUGCGCAAAAGAAUCUUCGAAUAAGCUUCAACUUGCUCCAAUUUUAUCAAGAUUAGUCUAUAUUCGAAUAAUAAAAAUCAUGUAUGCAUUUUUUAGAAUGAUUCAUUGUAUGUUAUUCUGUAACGCACGAUUUAUUUUCUUGUAGACGUAUGGCUGAACGCAGUUUGUAUACCUUUCCCCGUUUUCCUUUUUUUUAAGCUUCGACUCCUUUUAAAAUAGCGUAUUUUUAAUAUAUAUAAUUAUUGAUGCAAUAUGUAGGAUCGUAUACAGAGAAGCGUAAAGAUAAGAACGCGACAAAUAGCCGAGCUGUAAUUCGGCAAUAAUUUGAAUGGAAAAUAAAUCGUUGCAUCAGUUGUGUUUCAUUGAAGAUGGAGUGAAAGAAAUGAAAAGGUGCGGUUAUUGUUAACGAUAUUUCCGAAGCUCCUGAUCCUCCAAAACAAUAAGUAAAAUAUAUUUUUACUUCGAGUUAACUAGAUUUAUCGUUAUUGUUACGUCAAUGCGUUGUCAUUGACACCUUUUUCUUAUAUUUUCUUGCAUGUAUUUAGCCGAGUCCACGGGCAAGGUAUGGUUGAAGUAAUAACAUUACGUUAUAUUCGUAUCUGGUUGAAAUGUUCGAUUAUACAGAAGAACAUGUUACCACAUGCAUCCUUCCCUUGCGUAAUCCGUUCACGUAGCAUGUAACUAGUUGUACGCAACGCGCAUACAUAUUUUACACAUGUGAGAACGUGAUCAUUUCACAAAUAGUACCUACGCAAUUUCUUUGUAAAUGUUAUUUUUUUAGUUUUAAGCAUAUACAAUUGUCGAGCGAUAAGAUCUGUAGCUUGAAAUGGCCAGUUCAAGUUUACGUAGUUGCGUCCUAUUUCUUGGUGUGAUGAGUAAUAUACAUACAGUGGUUUCAUAAAUCACGAUAUGUAUAUUUUUGUGAUAAAAUUUUUGACCCCUA